AUGGCUGUAAUACUUGUAGGAAUACUUGUAGAAACAGAUGAAUUUUAUAAUCAAAUCCGAAAUCCUUCUACAACUAAAACACUGGUUAUGGCUAAUACUAAACGGCACCAACUUUUACAGAUUUUUAUUGCAAUUUUGGGUAUAUUAGGCUCAGUAUUAGCUAAUCCAAGUGGAAUACCCUUACCACCGUGUAUACAUGGACAUGCGGGUUAUGCUUAUCCUCCGCCUGUAGUAAAACUCUCAGUAUCACCAGCAGUGAACGCUUAUGCUGAGCAUGGUAAACUUCAAUUUUCAUCCAGUGGUUCAUCAUAUGAGUCGACAAAUUUAUUGAAACCAUCUGUAACAUAUGCUGGAGAAGCGGGAAUAACAUAUGCUGAAAAAUCACCAGCUUCAAAAUAUGCUGCAGUUGUUCCAUCAGGAAUCGAAUUUAACAAAGUUGUCGUACCAACCAUAUCCAAGUCAAUUACACAAAUAUCAAAUGCUUAUUUACCACCAGCAGCUCCACUUAUUUCGAAAAUUGAAACUUAUAAAGCACCUGCUGUAAAAUAUACUCAUACCUCACCAUCAAUAUCCAAAAUUGAAACAUAUUCAUCAUCAUAUUCUGAUGGCUACUCAUCAGGUUAUUCAGUUCCUGCAGUUGGAAAACUUUCGACUAUUUCAACAGGUGCUAAUCAUGCACUUUUUACUUCAAGUGAUCUAUCGGGAAAAGGUGCACUUUCUUAUGCUCCCACUUAUUCCAAAAUUUCACUAGAUGAAGGCCUGUCGAAAUAUGGUUCAUAUGGUGCAUUGUCACAUCAGCAUGUAUCAAAACCCAUAAUAUCAAGCAGUUAUGUACAACCGGUGGCAAAAGUCUCUUAUGCUGCACCAAUUAUAUCCAAGGUUGAGAGUUAUGCUGCUCCAACUAUAACUCAAUAUUCGUCUUCAUCCGACAUAGGCACUAGUAAAUACGUGUCAAGUGGUGCUGUUUCGCAUCAACAUGUGUCGAAACCGGUAACAUCUGCUUAUGUUGCUCCUGCUGUAUUAAAAGCUGCCUAUGUUGCUCCUGCUGUCGUAAAAACUGCCUAUGUUGCUCCUGCAGUUGCUAAAUUGCAGAGCUAUGCAGCACCUGCGGUUACUCACUACGCAUCAGGACCUUUAUUACCCAAAGUUUCUGUUUUAUCUGAGUCUUCUUCACAUUAUGGAGAAAGUGCCAAAUAUUCUUCAUCUGGUGCCGUUUCACAUCAGUAUGUAUCAAAGCCAGUCGAAUCUAAGACUUAUAUCACCCCAGCAGUAGCUAAAGUAGCUUACACAGCACCUGCAGUUACUAAAGUAGAAAGUUAUGCGACACCUGUUGUCGAACAAUAUUCUUCAGGUCCUGCAUUAGCUAAAAUCGAAACUGUUGGCAAAUAUUCAUCAGCUGGUGCAGUUUCUCAUCAAUAUGUAUCAAAACCAGUCAUUUCUGCGCCAGUAGUUGAAAAAGUGGCAUAUGCCGCUCCAGUCGCUGCUAAAGUUGAAACCUAUGCUGCGCCUGUAGUAACACAAUACUCAUCUAUUCCAGCAGUUACUAAAUUUGAGAAAUAUUCUUCAUCAGGUGCAGUAUCACAUCAGCAUGUGUCAAAACCUAUAGUAUCAGCUGCAUAUCUCGCUCCUGCUAUUGCUAAGGUAGAACAAGCUGCUCCAGCAAUUGCCUUAUCGGAUUAUUCAUCACACUCUGGUGCAAGUGGAGCUAAAUAUUCAUCAGCUGGCGCAGUGUCGCACCAAUAUGUAUCGAAACCACUAGUUUCUCUACCAGUAGUAGAAAAAGUGGCAUAUGCCGCUCCAGUCGCUGCUAAAGUUGAAACCUAUGCAGCGCCUGUAGUAACACAAUACUCAUCUAUUCCAGCAGUUACUAAAUUUGAGAAAUAUUCUUCAUCAGGUGCAGUAUCACAUCAGCAUGUGUCAAAACCUAUAUUAUCAGCUGCAUAUCUCGCUCCUGCUAUUGCUAAGGUAGAACAAGCUGCUCCAGCAAUUGCCUUAUCGGAUUAUUCAUCACACUCUGGUGCAAGUGGAGCUAAAUAUUCAUCAGCUGGCGCAGUGUCACACCAAUAUGUAUCGAAACCACUAGUUUCUCUACCAGUAGUAGAAAAAAUUUUUAAGAAACAGCGAAAACCAUUUAGUUAUGGUGUGAAGGAUUUGCAUACUGGAGAUGUAAAAUCACAGUGGGAAUCUCGCGAUGGUGACACUAUUAAAGGUCAAUAUAGCAUUUUAGAGCCUGAUGGUUCAAUACGCACAGUACAGUAUACGGCAGAUGCAAAACAUGGUUUUAAUGCAAUUGUUAAAACUGUGGGAGCAAAUUCUCAUCCCAUUACUGAAACACCGCAUGGUAAAGAAGAAUUAAACGAUGACACCUCACAGUCGAAAAUAAAUCAUUACAGUAAAGAUCAGGAACAUAUCGUACUGAGUUCAGAUAUAAAAGAAACUAAAGAACCUAUAGAAGAUUUGACACAUUCUCAUCCUGAAAUUCCUAGUCUUAUUGAAUUUGCCCCACAUGCACGUAUUAAGCAAAUACCAUUAGAUCUUGAACCAGGCAUUAAACAACAUGUUAAAACAGUACAUGAGGAUUACUACCAAAAAUUUUUAAAUAGAAAUACCCCAAUACCGUUUAAACCAAAGCCAGUUCCAUAUGAUGUAGAUGAGAGCGAUUGGAAAGCACUUAAUAUCGACAAACAACCUGAAUAUCGGCCCCACUAUAACACAAAAUUCACCAAAAAUUCUGAUGAUAACUUUCAGCCCAAAUUGGCACCUGAGAACUAUCCACAAAAACCAAAAAAAAAUAUUUUGCAUACCAACUUCAUACCCUCAAAAUCAUAUUCACACCGCAGCGUUAUAUCGGAUCCAACGACAAAUAACAUAUACAAUAAUAAGAUAACACUUCUUACAACCCCUGGCUUGAAAAACUAUAAACAACCAAAUAACAAGAAUUUUCAAACGAACACGAUUUCAGACUACUCAAAUUACUUUCGCCGUGACCGAAAGAAAUUGCAAAAAUUAGAAGAUGAACAAAAUGUAGCUUCCACAAGGUUAGUUCAAUCAAUGGUAAGACGUGAUAAGAAACAUAUGACUCCAAUGUAUGCAAAUCGGUACGGCACAGAUUCAUACCGACAUUAG